AUGACUGAUGAGUCCCCACUCCUGCGGCUCCCCGAGAUUACAAUGAACCACAUUCUCUAUUUCUGCGAUUAUUUGGAAAUCGCACAACUUCGGAAAGUCUGCCACACUCUUCGAAACCAUAUCGAUGCUAAUAAACCAGAUGCUCAUGUAAAGGAAGUGCGUCUAGGGAUCUGGAUGAAUGCUGAAAUUUUUUUCGAAUCAGAGAACAAUAUUAGAAUAUGGAUAGACUACAAAGAAGCAGAAGGCGGAUGUACUGUGGAGCGUACAACAUAUACGGGUAGCCGUUCAUUGAAAACGAUUUCUGGAUUGGAUGCCAUGGGUGCUCUUAUUCAAGACUUCAAGAUUUACUUGAGACAUCUGAAGACUCCACUGAGACUAUUUCAAUUGAGUCAAAUCUGUUGUGAUGCCCUCCUCCAAAUAAAGAGAGAGCAACCCCCGGAAUCUCGAAUUUUCCCCUUGAAAGUCAGUAAACUUGAGUUGUACGGAUUUUCUGCGGCUCAAAUUCUUGCAACACUUCCACUUUUUGAUGCAAACCACCUGAAGGUCUUGAAAAUUGAAACUGAUAUCAAUGCGGUAUCCGAUGGAGAUGGAUUAAAUGAUGGUGCAGAUGAUGGUAAUGUAUUUCAUGCACUUUUUGAAACCGAACACUGGAGAAACGUGGAGAAAGUUAAUAUAUAUCCAACAUUUAAAAUCUCGAAUGUCCGUCAAAUUUCCCACUUGAAAGAAUUCCAUGGCUUCAUAUCGAGAAUGACUGCAGCUGGUGUGAAGUUUCUGAAAAAUACAUUCAUCAGCUCCCCACUCUUCGAACAUUCCCUCAUAAAAGUAGACGAAGAUCUCGACUUAUUGUCUAUAAAGGAUACAUUUGGCGCACCGUCAAUUGAAAUAGAAGAUGCAAAUUGGUGGUACUUUCAUAUUCCUAACGAUACUACCCGUGUUCUACUGGUGGAAGUGACGUGCAAAGAAACAAUUGAUAUUAUACGUAUUGAUCGUAGCGAGGUUUUGCCAGGUGCAGUGAUCAUCUAUUAA